AUUGGCGCAUGCGUCAUUUGGCGCGUUAAACAGGUCCUGGUAUUCACUGGCUGAUCGCUCUUCGCUCUAGUGGAGAGGAAUAACAACGAAAGACUCGAAAAUGGGGAACUCUGUGUUGAGUCUGUUUCGACGUCUUCUCGGAAAGGACGAAUUGCGUUUACUUAUGGUUGGAUUAGACGCGGCAGGUAAAACAACUAUUCUAUACCAUCUCAAACUAGACGAGCCCGUGAAUACAAUCCCAACAAUCGGAUUCAACGUUGAAGUCGUAGAAUACAAGAAUAUUAAAUUCACUGUUUGGGAUAUCGGCGGACAGGACAAGAUCAGAUUAUUAUGGCGUCUGUAUUUUCAAGAGACUCAAGGAUUGAUAUUCGUUGUGGAUAGUAAUGACCGUGAUCGAAUCCAAGAGGCCAAGGAGGAAUUAUUUAAACUACUGAAAGAGGAGGAACUUAAACGAGCUGCAUUAUUGGUGUUGGCGAACAAACAGGACUUGCCUGACUCAAUGAGCACGACUGAGUUGAGUGAAAAGCUAAGUUUACACACUUUGAGAAGCAGGAAUUGGUAUAUACAGGCGACAUGUGCUCUGAAAGGCCAGGGAGUUUACGAAGGGCUAGAGUGGCUAGCCCAACAAAUACAACUAAGAAAACUAUAGAAAUCGGAUCAUAGUUCAACACUAAGGGCACCUGGUUAAAUGAAGAGCGAAGGAAAACGCUAAUUAUAAGGAUUUUUUUAUAUAAUUAUUCGAAGAUUGCGUGUGUAGUGAUCAUUUUGCAUUAAAAAAACGAUCAAAGAU